AUGGCAGUCCUUUGCGACCAGUUCGCGAUUACCUUGACUCUUGCCAAGUCGAUAUUUUUGCAAAAACCCCGAGAAGACCGUCUUCCCGAGACAGCCGCUGCACGUACGCAGUUAAACCCCCUUGACGAGGCACAGCUCGAUAUGACCAGUUACGACGAGCUUGAUAUGCCUAAGCGAUUACUCACUGAAGAUCUGUCGCCCCAGGCCUUUCACCAAGGAAAGUCUUAUGUCGAGUUCAACACUGGCUUUGACGCAGUCUUCUCUCUCCCCCUCCUGUGGUCGUCGUUGUCCAUCGAGUCUUGGCAUCUGUAUGGACGCCCUGCAUUAGCCGGCCUCGUUGUGACCUACAUCUCGCGCUCGGGCAACGUUCCACUGAAAAUUCAUCUUAAAUCGGAGGAGGAUAUUCCCGAAGUCGAAUUACAAGUCUUCGAUGCACUACUCGAACAUGUGUCUCGCUGGCAGGAAGCGACCCUGUAUAUCAGCCUACCGUGGCUGUUGCACGCAAAAACCAAAUUGGGUUCGCGACUGUUCCCAGUCCUGGAUGUGCAGCACAACAGCCAAUCCAACCAGGACUUGACGAGAUACUUUCCGAACCAAAUCAUACAAUCAAGCCCUAAGCUCAGUAUCUUUCAUGGGCUUGGCUACGAUUCCUCGUUCAGUCCAAGAGGAUUUGGGGGUACCUAUGGCGAUCAUUCUCGAGUGACAAAUCGUUUCCCGAUGCUGGAAAUAUGUAGCACGGGGGGCUUCCGAUUGUCCGAGGACGCCUCGAAUGGCAUCGGCCUCGAGGACGACAUCCCAAUCUACACGUCGAAGAUAACUCACCUGUACCAUGCUGCACCUUGGGACACAUUCCAAGAGGGGGCCUGGCAAUUUCUUCGAAUUCCAGACUUGACCUCCUUGGAGCUUCGCCACAAUGGCUACUCCUUGACGCAGGUGUCCUCGUUACUCUCUUCAUCUGGAAACGGAGAGCUGGGAUUGCUUGAUCAACUUACAACUGGCCUGACGUUUGUGACGGACAGGUGGCCUGUAGUUCCAAAUCUCCUGUCAUUCGAGCUUUCUUGGAGUGACUGGGGGUAUAAGCGAUUGCGGGACUUAAACACAAUGGCUCUGCAAACUGUCCUCAGGAACGCCAUAUGUGGGAUGGUGGAAUCACGCCUUUCCGUCUCAGGGAAUCAAACGCAAGCGCAAGGAUUACAGAGGCUCGCACUUAGGAUUCGCGACGGGGAUUUUCUUGAAUUCGAAUUGCUCUAUGAGGCGAUAGGCAAUAAGCUUUCUUGUAUGGAGGGGUUUGAUUUCGAGACUCUGACCCCACAGUUUUCUUGUGUCAAAACACAUUCCGCUAGUGCAUUGCGAUAA